AUGUUACGAGGAAAAUGUAAAAAAUCGAAGGAGAGUGACGAAUCUGAACAGAAGCAGAGAAGGCCCAAAUGUGCAAGAUGUCGAAAUCAUGGGUUGAUUUCUUGGCUUAGGGGGCAUAAGAGACAAUGCAAGUACAGGGAGUGUCUCUGUGCAAAGUGUGCACUCAUCGCCGAACGACAAAGAGUAAUGGCUGCACAGGUGGCGUUAAAGAGACAACAGGCGGCUGAGGACGCCAUCGCCCUGAGCAUGGCUAAAGUCGCGACGGGACAGAGAUUCGAUCAUCUACCUCCUGGGAAAAUAUUUGGCAUGGCUGUCACAGCGCCCAACAUGUGUCCCCCACUCUCAUCAUUUCAAUCAGAUGAUUCGAAUAAUCAGAACAGUAUAAAAGAUACUGCUGUUGGGCUUCAAAGUAACGAAGUUGAUAAAUCAGCUCCCCACGUAGAAGAUCACCCGGAAAAAACUCUAUGCAGUCCAUCUAAAAAGGACAAGAGUGAGGAUGCAGUUCAAAAAGAAAGGCCCGAAGUCCCGGAGAGUUCGAUUGAAACCCUCGCGAGGCUUUUUCCGAGCACUAAACUAUCAGUAAUACACCUGGUCCUCCAAAGAUGCGGGCAGGAUUUGCUAAAAGCCAUUGAGUAUUUCGCGAGCAGCAGCAGCAGUAGCUUCAUUGGUUCUCCAUACUCUGCAUUCCGUCCGCACAUUUCCACUUCAUCAGAGGCUCAAUCAACCCCAGACAUCAGUUCGGUCUUCCCUCUGCCCUCGAUCUAUUCGGGCGCCUUCUCAAGGAAUUUAUACAGCAGCAGCUAUUAUCUCCUCAACAUGCGGGGGAAUCCGUUGCCCUGCAAUUGCAUUCCCGAGGCGACUUCGUCUCAUGAGUUAGACAAUGGCACGUUCAAUGUUGGGUACAAUAAUUAUGUUAAUGUCAAUGCUUUGCAGCAACUGCGGGAGCACGGUGGCGAGCCUGAACUGCUACAUCUGCCGUCUGUCAUCCCAGGGAUACCGUGUAUUCAACCAAAUUGCACGCAGUGUUACAAAUAUAUUUAA